GCUUUCAUAGGAAGGAAAGAAGUCAGCUUUCCUGGAAGCGCAAGCCCUGGGUUAGUUCUAUCUAUGUAAUGUGCCCUGUUUGAGAGUUAAAUGGACAUAUUAUAUCCCAUAGAUUAGUUGAUAAGGUCUUCUAAAAGCCUUACAGAUAGUACAGUAACAGUCUGAAGUGGACUUGACGUAAGGUCAUGCCUUUGUUGAUUCAAAAUAAAGGGCUUGACCGCAUACGCUCGACAGGAGACCUGUAUGAGAAGUAUCCGCAUUUACAGGAAAAUGCAAGACAGUUUCGUUCCAGGCCACUUGUGGAUGUGGACCCAAAAUGUUUCUUAUAUGUUCAGCAAAGAGAGUGUGCUGCAACAACUCCAACAGACCAAUAUGUUUCUGUCAUUGGAUCAGAUGAUGCAACAACUUGUCAUUUAAUUGCUCUCCGACACACAGGAAGUGGAGCAGCUUGUGUUGCUCACUUGGAUGGCUCCAGUACUUGGGCAGAAGUUCAACUUAUUAUUAAAACUGUGAUGUCACUUAGUCACCACUGCAAAGACGGCAGACUAGAGCUUCAUCUAGUUGGGGGAUUCAAUGAUGACUCAAAAACAUCUGAUAAUUUAAGCCUUAACGUUUUGGCUGCAUUUCAUAAACAAAAAGAAAAUGUUCAUCUUGAGACAUGUUGCAUAACAGAAAUGAACGACACUGUUGUUAAUGGGAUUCAUAGACCUGCAGUGUAUGGAAUAGGCGUGAAUGUAAAAACAGGUGACGUGUUCCCCUCUAUAUUCACCUGUAAAGGACCUGCAGAGGAACUACGUUCAGCACGAACAUUCACUGGAGGACAGAUGGCAGAAAUAUAUGAUUCAAGCCAAGGCUUAGUCAAAAUUGGCCCUUGCAAGUGGUCUCCGAAUUUGGAAAUUGGUUUCUGGUUAGCACAAAAAGAUGCCACAAUUUUAAAUUACCUGUCAACCUCUCCCAAGGCUGAACCACCUCACUUUGUCCAGCAUAUGAAGUCAACCAUCCAGUUCAUUUUGGACCAUCCAAAUUCAGAGAGUCUCUUUCCAUCAGGACAACCACAGCUCUAUCACAGGACAGAACAAGGAGAAUGGGAACGGACAGUCCAGCCAUAGAUGUACUGUAUUCUGUUUCAUCAAAUACCUUAACAUGAAGCCUCUGUUGCCUCUCAGCUCAUGGUGCACAGGAAUUGCAUUGCCUGCUGUAUUUGUUCAAUGUUUCCAAUGUGUCUUAUUUUAGUGAGACUUCUACCAAAUAGAGGUGUUGCAUGUUAUUACACAUAGUGGUAACAUCAAUGUGCUUUUCAAGUACAAUGCGAUACCCAAUUAUGUCAAGGCCUAUAGCUGAUGAACAAUGUGUAUUCCUUUAUUUUAUUUUCUACUUUCUGGCUGGCCCAGGGGAGAACUCCAGUCUGAUAUGUGAGAACACGAUCAUGUAUGUAAAUAAACGUUCUUGACAAAGAAAAACUUAAAA